AUGCUUCAUGCCGAAAGUAGAGUAACUCUCUUGGAGUGUCAGGACGAAAUCAUUAUUGAACCAUGUUCUAAAAAAAUGAAGUCGACAGAAGAGGCCUAUGAGAACCUCUCUGCUGAUGAUAACGAAGGUAUUCAGGAAGAAGUGGAUACUGAGACAACAUCGAAUGACUUGAUACCAGCUUAUGCCUCAGAUAGCCAAGGGCAACAUGAAAUGCAGAAGCAAGAAAAAAUAGCUACACGUGUCUUGGGGACACUGAAUAAAGUGCUCCCCGAAAAUAACCUAGUUCAUUCGGAAACUGUAAAUCCUCAGUUUGCAUCAAUAAAUGACACUAAAGCUGAAGAAAAUGGCCCUUUUAUUACAAAUAAUGCUGGUGAAGAUAAUAUUAAAAAUAGCAAUACAUCAUUCUCAGUAAAUAGAAAUGCAUCAGACGAAGAUUUUUUUACAAGCAAAGAAUUUAUCGGACCAAUUUACAGGCCGGCCGGAAGUAACAAACAGGACAAAUCUGGCAGUUGCAGUGAAAGCAGCGAGGGAAACCAGAAUGGAUUGCAUGAAAACAGAGCUAAAAGGAAGGAGGCAAAGAAGAUGCAGACUAUUUCUUCCGCUGUACCAGAAAUAGACGAUGAACUGGACCAGUUCUAUAGAGAAAUUCACCAGCUGGAAAGUGAAAAUUUAGAUACCAAUUUUCAGCAAAAAGAAACUGAAACUUCUCAGGAAAAAUGCUCUCCAUAUGACUGUAGGCAGAUGUUACAAGAGGAUCAUCAACACAUGUUGUUGGGCAGCCCACAACCAUUUUAUGAGAAUGGACAGUGUUUCUUUGAGGAACAGAGCAGUGAGAAAACAAGCAACAAGCAGCAGUUUGUCGUGGAAACAAGUGACUGGAAAACUGAAAAUACCUUUGAUAGACAAGAGGAUUCUAAAUAUUGGAACUACUCAGAGUCUGAAUUCAGACCCGCUUGGCAAUCAGCGGAGUCCUUCAUAAUACCUCAGGGAUCUUUUCCUCCUAGAUUCGACCAUCAAUCGCAUUUUCAGAUACUUCAUUCCCCACCACAAAAACCUAAUGUUCUCCCUUCUCAGAAUGGUGACCUUUCUUACAAAAAUUAUCAUUAUUACCAUGGAAAUAGUGAUAUUAACAGUCAUGGUCCAUUGCUUGAUCGAGGUAUCAAUGAUGCAGGUCAUACUGAUACCCAUACUACUCAGGUCUUCAGAAAUGGAAAUAAUGACCAGAAUGGACUGCAAAAUAAUGGUUUCUGUGAAACCAAAGAAGAGUGUUGGAAGGAUCCAAAAGCUGCUGAUACAGAAGGAAUGCACAGUUUUAUUUCAUUGCAGUUAACUGAAGAAAGAUCUAGUUGCUCACAGAAAUUGCUCCUCAUUUUAAGAGGCCUACCUGGUUCAGGGAAAACAACACUUUCUCG